AACAAUCUACUACCUACCGCUGUGUCAUAUCAGUGCACCUUCAAAAUGAGCGAAACCAAAACUCUACUCAACGCAUUGCUAUGCGACAUUUACGGCAAGCAGGAGCUGCAGGCGAGACGUCUGCGACGUAGCCGUCGCCAGAGGAAUCAGGAUAAGUUACAUCGCUGCCGAAGAUCGUCCGAGAAGAGUCCACUGGCCAGAAUGGCCAGCAGUCUGGCUGGGAAUCGGCCUGCAUUGGAAUCGCUGGAUGUGCGCCAGUUGACCGAUGUCUGUGCCAUGCUCAAGGUGGAGAUUCUGAUGAUGGGCUAUCUGCUGGAGCGAACGCUGAUUGCAAGGGAUCGUCUGAAGCGACAUCAGGAAGUGCUCUGUGAAUUUGUGACGGCCAUACUUGUUGUGGAGACACACGAUGCACAGCCUAAAAUGCGCUUUAGUCUUUCACCACCGCCAUCGAAAGUCAGCCUAACCUCACCCACCAGCGCCACCAGCAACAACAACAAUAGCACCACUACCAACGGCAAGCAGCUCAGCCGGAGUCGCAACAACAACAACAUGCUGAGCUCCUCGACAGCCAGCAUCGCUGACGGCACAGACGAUGCUGCGUCGGAUUAUAAUCAAUGGCUGCACGCCAUGAAAUUGGUAGCUCGGUUGCCUGGCGGUACACCACCAGAGUUCCGGCGCAAGCUGUGGCUGUCACUCGCGGAUAAGUAUCUAAAGUUGAAGAACGUGGACUGGGCUGAGCAACGCGAGAAAUGCUUCUGCGAAGAAUGGCGUGAGGAUGAUGAGGAGCUGGGCAUUCAGAUAGUCAAGGAUCUACACCGCACGGGCUCCAAUCUGUGCACUGGUCCCGCAGGUUCCAUCAACCAGGCGAAACUCAAACGCAUACUGCUCGGCUAUGCACGCUACAAUCCCGAGGUGGGCUACUGUCAGGGUUUCAACAUGUUGGGCGCGUUAAUACUGCAAGUAAUGGACAAGGAAGAGGAGGAGUCCAUGAAGGUCAUGAUAUAUUUGGUUGAGGGUGUUCUGCCCACGGGCUAUUUUUAUGGUUCGAUGGGCGGCCUUCAGGCGGAUAUGGGCGUAUUUCGAGAGCUAAUGCAAACAAAGCUACCCCGUUUGGCCAAACAUCUGCAGCGACUGCAGGGACCCGUGGAGAACGCCUACGAGCCGCCGCUUACCAACGUAUUCACCAUGCAAUGGUUCCUCACCAUGUUCUGCACUUGCCUGCCCAUGUCCUGUGUGCUACGUGUCUGGGAUCUGGUACUCAUUGAGGGCAGCGAUGUGCUGCUACGCACGGCCCUCGUUCUCUGGAGUCUGCUAGAAGAACGCGUUUUGAAUGCACGCACGGCCGAUGAUUUCUAUGGCAAAAUGGGCUCUUUCUCCAAUGAGCUGCUGAAUGGACACUUAAUUGAUUCCAAUGGACUUAUCGAGAAGGUGGUGCAGCUGGGACCAAUAGCCGACAUCAAGCAGCUGAGGGACAAGCAUCUGUACAACAUUGCGCCGCUGGGUAACAAACAAGGAUUGCAACUGUAUUAUGACGACGAAGAUGCGCACUCCGAUGAAGAGUCACGUCUGGCGGUGGCCACUGUCUUUGGCUUGAACUGGGGCAGACGUGGCUCAGUGGGCACAGCGGCACCUGUGGCAGGGAAACCACACACCGAACAGAAGGAUCGCCUGGCAUUGGACAUCUCGUUGCUCAAGAAGCAAUACGAUCGGCUGCGCGAGCGCCAGAAGCAGGCCCAUGUCAUACUGACCACCGCUUGCUCCACAGCGACUGCAGUGCGUCAAACGCCGUCCAGCAAUGUGCCAGUCAAUCAAUUGCUGCUCGGCCGCCCAGCCAUCGUGACCAACAAGGGCAAUCGUGUUGGGGCUCCUCUGGGUGCCAUUCCGCCGGCUCGUAAGCCUUCGUUGCCGGCAGUUCUUCAUAGCAAGCCCGCUGCAGAGCGGCAGCUCAGACGUGGAGAGACGUUGCUGUGGCGGGACACGGAUGCCACACGGCAUCGACGCGACAGCCUGACAUGGAAGGAGAUUAAAGCAGAUCGUGCGGCCAUGUUACGGGACGGAGCUGAGCCAAAGACGAUCAAGACUCAGAAGUUGCGUUCGCGCUUGGGAAAGAGCGAUAGCUCAUCGUACAGUGAGGACAGCGAUGGUGAUCAAGAUGUGGAAGAGAAAGAUGGCUCUAGCACAGACACAAGUCUGUGUGAUGAUGAUGAUCCCAAAUCGAUGGAGCAGAGUCCCAAACGCAAGGCGAAACAGACGCGCAAACACAGAGAGAAACCAAAACUGGCCGCAACGAAAGAUAGCAGUUUGGAACGGAGACGACCCAAAUCCUGGGCACCGGCGACUCAUGAAAUACCCUUCAUGCUGAUGGGCACUGACAGUGGCGAUGAGAAGGAGCCGGAGCCCAAGGCAGAGAACGAUGACGAGGAUGGGGAGAACAGUGCCACCGAAAGCGGUCGCUUCGGCUAUUCUCGCGACAUAAAUUGGUCGCAGGCAGCCGGAGAUCUGGCUUCCAGCAAAGUGGAGCCACUGCACAUUGACACAUGUCCCCUGUCAAUUACCAGUAUUGCACAGCUGUCUCCACUACCCGAUAUUGCCAGCUACCUAAGCACGACAAGCAUUAGUCCACUGCCAACGCCGAAGCCAGUAUAUGUGAUGUCGGAAAUCGAAUCAAUCAAUCCCAGCUCUGAUGUUGCUGAUGCUGCACAGCUUAUGGAAGGAAAGGAAGGAGGCCCCUUCGAGCGGUACGAUGUCAGCGAUGAUGGCGUAACCAAUCAGUAUUUUGAACGCGUCAAUAGUGUUGAGCGUCCAAAGAGACUUGAGCUCGCGUACUCCUUAAGCGUGGAUGACUUCGAAGUGACUACCGCCAAGGAGGAGCAGCGGGCGCUGGUGGAAGGCCAAAGUGCUGGACAUGUACCAAAGGCCAUGCCGUUCGUGCCUCCAGUUGAAGCCUCGCUAGAACUGAUAGGGGAAACGCCACAGAUACGCGAUGACAACAUUCCGGGCGAAAACAAGGACGACUACAAGGAGUUGCUAAGCAUGACGAUAGUGCCGGCAAAGCCACCAAUUACCGCCAUCAUGAGCAAUGCCAGCCGCAAACGUCGAGAUCCACGACGCAAAACACUGACGAGAUCCUCGACGAUUGAGUUGGAGGAACGAUUUCAGGCACUAGAGAAACGACUAAGUCAAGAUCACAGUGAUACAAUGGAGGGCACAAAGUACAUUCCGACCACAGAGGCGCUAGAGGAGCGCUACAAUACCCUGGAAAAGCAGCGCAGCGUGGAGAAACAACGAUUGGAAGAGGAUCCUGAACCAAUUGCCGACUGUUUUGAGAAGCCCGAGCCGAGAAUACCCUCGACGGCUGCUCUCGAGAUGCGUUUUAAUGCCUUAACCAAGCAAAUGAGUUCCAAUGAAUCGAAUCCCAAGACGCCCGUGGAGUUAAGAGAUCAGGAACAGCCAAGUGGCAGCAGCGCGAAAGAGGGAAACGCUGAAGAGAAAUCAAAUAAACUUGAAAAUACAGAGAAAACACAGUCGGAUACAAAACAACCUGCGAAUAAAGGCGAAAAAACUGAACAUGAAGAAACUGAAAGUCAAGAUGAAAGGGAGCAACCACGCCUCAAGAAACUGCCUUCAACAGCCGAACUUGAAGAUCGCUUCAAUGCCUUAGAACGAAAGAUGAGCGUGCAAAAAAGCAGCCCGGCAAAAGCAAAAAAAGAGCCACCCGAUGGGGAAGUGGAAAAGAGUAAAGAGCCUCCAGCGAAAGUUGAGUUGGAUAAAGCUCAAAGCGAUGAGACAACAACUAAAGUGGAUAAAAGCAUUAAAUCAAAAUCAGCAGAUGCAAAUGAACAGCAAAGUUCACAAGAAGAUAGACAUGGAGACAAAGAUCAAGAAAUUAAACAGAUCAGAACAGAGGAGAAACCGCAAACCCCAACGAAGGAUAGAAAUGACACCCAAAGCGACAAAGCCCAACCUGCCAAAAGCAGUCCAUCAACAAAUGCCGAGGACUCCAAUGAAGUCGAGGUAGUCAAACGCAAAACACCACCAUCCACAGAGGAGCUUGAGAAACGAUUCAAUGCCUUGGAAAAGCAGCUCAGCACCACAAACAUAGAGUCCAGUGAUGAUGCACAGCCAGGCAGUUCCUCUAAGCCCAAAGAAACGAAGCCAGAAGCAAAAGUGCAAUCUGUAGAAAAUGAAAAACAACAAGAGAAUAAUAUGGAAAAAGAAGUUAAGGCUGUAAAGUCCAUUAAGUCAUUUGAUGAUAAAGUUCAAGCAAUAAGUGCAUCCUUAUCUGACGAAAAGCAGACCAGUAAAGAAACUGUAGUUUCAGACGAAACAGCUGAAGCCAAAUGCAAGACAGAUACAAAUUGCCUGGAAACCGAAGACCCGCCUAAAUCAAUUGAAAUUAAUGCAAAUAGUAAAAUCGCUACCAAAUCAGAGCCCGAAAAAGAUUUGAAAGCUGAGCAACCAGAGCUGAAUAAAAGGCGAGCCUCCGAGCCACCAUCUAUGGAGGAUCUGGAGAAACGUUAUGAGAGGCUCAAGCGUCGGAUGAGUGCCAAAAAUCAUUUUGCUAACCAAAAUGAAACUGUGAACGAGGCACUGGAACGCAUCGAGCAAGAAGUAAUUGCCGAACUGGGCGAUACGGCGGAGGCGGAGCAGGAGGAGGUGCAGAAGCCAACUAAAAAAAAACAGCCACCCACAACUGAGGAUUUGGAGAGCCGCUACGAAGCGCUGCAUGGCAAGGAUAAGAAAGCAGCUGCGACCAGUCCAAAACCAACGAUCAAGUCGCCUCCUCAUCGCGUAGAUGUGGCCAUUGAGGCGCAUAUACCCGAACCGCCACCACCACCACCCGUUGAGCAUCGGAUUAUUAUCGAUCCGGGACAGCAUCAGCAGCGCGCCCUCAUCGAAGAGCUGCAGAGCAAAAUGGAAGGCCAAUCGCCUGGCGAGGAGAAUCUGAAGCCGAGCGAUAUAAAUCCACAACGCAAGCGACGGCAACAAGAGCAACAGCUGCAACAGCGACCCACACCCAUGGGUGAUGAGACCUCGGAAGCACCUGCAAACACCGCUUACUACAGAUCGGGAAAUUACGAACCCUGGCCCGAACAUCGGAUGGUUCGUCGUUUCUCCGAUUUGCCAUCGAGAGCAGAUCUGGAAAAUCGUUUACAAUUCUUGGAAAAGAAAUUGUUCAAGAGAUUCUACAAGCAGCGAUGUGCAAGUGAUUCCGAAGUUGCAUCAAGGACGAGCAGUUAUGACGACAAGCCGAGCACCUCGCACCACGCGGAGGCACAGCUGGAACAGCGCGUCCUGGCCCUGGAGAAGCAGCUGAGCGAAAACAGUCUCAAGCUGCUGGAAGCUAUUCGUCAAAAAGAAAAGGAAAAGGAGAAAGAAAAAGAAACGGAAAAAGAAAAGGAGAAGACUCCACCAAAUAGAGAAGACAGCUGCUCUUCGCCACGUCGUCUGAGCACGGACACCGAAACGGGCAAGGAGCUGGUGCGCUACACACAGAACAUAAGUGAGCUGGAGGAGUCGGACAAACCCAUCAACAUAAGCAUCAAUAUUAAAAUGCUGCUCAACAAGGAAAGCGAGCACAAAAAGCCACCAACAGAGCCCACCACAGAUGAUUUGAGACGGCGCUUGGAGCAGCUCGAGCAGCAGUUGAUUGAGGAGCGUGCCAGAAAUGGCAUAAUCAUCCCGGAUUGCGAGUUGACCACCGAUGAUUUGCUGCAGCUGCCACCCGAGCAACCUGAGGAGAGUGAAGCAUGCAAGAAGCAGGAAAAAGAUAGCCACAAUCAGAGCGUCAAGUCUGACGAAGCUGAGAAAUUGGAGGAGGUUCCAUUACCAUCGGAACAUAGCCAUGAGCCGGAAACGGUUAAGGAAACCAAAACCUUGCAAAAUGAAGAAAAAGCGCAGACUCGCAGCAAAGAAACCGAGGCAGAAACCCCAAUUAAAGAAGAACAACAAGUAGAAGCAAAAGCUGCCAAGCCAGAAAGCAAAGUGGAAAAGAUGACUUCCCCUUCAAUUCCUAAACAGGAAGCCAAAAUGGAAAAGACGACGUCUCCUUCAACUGAACAGGUGGAAACUCCCCCGGCUCCUGCCAAAGUUGACUCCCCAAAAGCCAAUGCUGAGAAACCAGAAACUGUCAAAGAUAAACCUACAGCAGAUGCCGAAUCAAAUAAUGAAUCAGUCGCAAAUCAGGUCAUCAAUGCCUGUGAGAUAGGCCCCGUGGAUUCGAAUAACAAAACUGUGGUCCUUCUAAUGGACAAUGAACCAAAGGCAUUGAAAGUUCGCCGCUUGACCAGAGCCAACACUGAGGAGCUUGAGGGACUGUUCCAAGCACUUGAAAAACAGCUCAGCGAUCGCAAUCUGGUCAAAUCGAAAGAUGGUAAAUUGGUUCGUGUCGAGAGCAAACCAUCUGCAGAGCAGGUUGAGCAGGCACAAGCCAUAUCCGAUCUGACCAAAGAAAUUGAAGACUUUACGAGUGGCAAACCGGAGCCAGAACCAACAACAGAACAAAAGGAUGAAAAGACAGUCGAAGAUGAACCGAACUAUGACUGGGGGCCGAAUCCAGUGAAGCACCACUUGAAGCGCAAAACAGUCUAUCUGCCCUCGACCAAAGAGCUGGAGGCCCGAUUCCGCUCGCUGGAGCGCCAAAUCAAACUUCUCGAAGACGUUGAGAAGAUCGAUGUGGAGCAUAGACUGUGUGAAAUCGAACGCAAGAUCAAGUUGCAGUACUCGUUGUCGCAUGAGAAGGAUCUCAAUAAGUACCUGGAGCUGUGCGAGGGCAAAGGUUUAGACGACGAUGAACCGGCGCCCGAGCCAACUUCUCCAGUCGGCGAACGUUCACGCAGCCCCGCUCGCAAGCAGGCAACGAAAUCACCCUAUACUUCUCCAUCUCGCAAGGCUUCGACAAAGUCGCCAUAUGUUUCGCCCUCACGUAAAUCCAAAUCGCCUUACACUUCCCCAACGCGCCAGGCCCAAAAGACGCCACACACAUCGCCAUCGCGCAGCGCCACCAACAAAAAGAGUCCCUAUACAUCGCCAUCAAGACGCCAGCCGCAUAAGGAUGAUCUACCCAUCUCAGAUGACUUGGAGUACAAAUAUCGUGUACUUGACUUAGUGCGCUCCAAGUCCAAGGACAAUCUGGCGAAGCGCAAGAAUGAUCCCAACAAAAAGCCGCCCAUUCAUCCGCUUGAAAUGCUGCUCGACUCGAGUCCGGACGACAGUGAAAUACCCACAACCGGUCAGUUGGAGCAUCGCAUACGCAUCCUCGACGGGAAAUUGAAGUCGCCCUCGCGACACAAGUCACGUUCUCGUUCCCCGACUAUCGAUGACAUCAAGCGGAAGAAAAUGUUAGAUGAUCAGCGACCCAAGACACCGGUGCACAACCUGGAACGCUUGGUCUACUCGCCCAGCAAGCCUGAGCCACCGACUGCCGAGGAGCUGGAUCAACGCAUACUUGCACUAGAAAAGGAUCAUUGUUUCGAUUUUAAGACCCAAAAGGACUUCAAAGAAUUCAAUCAAAAGCUUAAGAAUGUAGUUUCGCCCUCGCUCUCCUACGAGGAGUUCAAAGCGGCCAAGUCGCGUGAACAGAGCCCCCGACGCCAAGCCCCCACAACGCCCAAGUCAGCAAUGCGACGCGAUGAUAGCGAUGAAUAUCGCGACUAUCGACGUGAGGAGACGACGACCUCGUAUCGGCCCACCAGCCCCAAGGUCAUACGCUUUCGUGACGAGGACGAGGACUACUUUGAGGAGAAGUGGCGACCCAAGUCCCGUCAGGGUCUGGCCAGCGAACGAAUGAAGACUCUUGCAGAUCAGCCAGCUAGUCGCAACUACAGCAGCACCACCUCCACCAGAGCGGCGAGUGCCAAAACAUCAGAGGGUCUCGAUGAGUUGGGGUGUCGCCUGAUGCGGGAAACGUCGCCAAUCACACGGACUGGAACACAUACGGGCGUACCGCUGCGCACAGCGGACAACAUCAACGAACGCUUGAGUUCCAUCAAGAACAGCAUCAAGUCGAUUGACAGCUUGUGCGAGGAGAAGUCCUAUCAGAAGGAGAAAUGUCAGCGCUAUAUUGAUUCCCUUUUUUCGGACUCAACGUACUUUGCCAGCAAGAAGAGCUCCGCCGAGGAUCUAACGCACAGCCGGAGCGAGAGUCGUGGACGUGGAACGCAACGUGGCAGUGACUAUACUCCGGUCAUACGCAUCAGCUCCGAGCAUCGCUCGCUAGGUUCCGUGGAGUCGCUGCGCACGGGCAGCCCAUUGCGUGGGAUCAGCCCACCGCAUCAUCGUUCGCACCGGGAUAUUAGCAGGGAGUUGUCGCCGAAUCGUAGCCGUCGCCGGGAGGCCGAGGAAGAGCUCGAGGAGCGCGAGAGUAGUAGGGUAAGACGUGAUAAUAUGUUGCCAAAUUAUUUUGUCGAUAAUCGUAGUGAACUAAGUAGCGCCAGUAGUUUAACUAAGUUUCAUAAAGUAGAUAGACAACUAGAAGAAACCUGCGCCAAGUACGCCGAUGACAGACGAUCGGCCUGCAAAUCGCCAUUGAGCUCACCAUACGAGUCCAGAACAACAGGCACACGCUACAACAGCAACAACACCACAACAGCAACAACAACAACUCAAAACGCUGCCGUCGAUAAUUUUACUAGGCCCAUAUCGCCCUAUCGCCAGCCCUAUGAACCAUUGAAUAGGUCGACACGCUCCAACACGCCCGUCUAUCAGCCAGCCAAGCUGGAGAUUCGGCAUACCACGGUGACCUCGACAUUCUACGAUCGCUUUCUGACCGAGCGACAAAUUGAGAAGCAAACCCUGUCGCGUCCACCAAGCCGUUCCCCCGUUGUCUCACCAUCGGCAACAACCAAAAGCUACACCGAUCUUCCCGGCACUCUGGCUGCCAACAAAUAUAGCCUGGAUGUAGCCACCACAAGCAGUUAUUCCACCUCGCCGAUGUCACGCAGUUAUGCGGGCAGCAGCAGCAACUAUUCAUAUCUCACCACAGUUGGCGAAGCACCAGUAGCUUCUAGCAGCUCUCAUGCCCCACUGCUUAGUGCUGGCUCUGGUGGCAGUGCCACCGAUCUUCGCUUGCGCAGCUAUGAAACCAUUCCCACCAGCAGCACUGCAAGCACCGUUAUACCAUCAUAUUCAAGUGCAUCGGCCUUUACACCCUACAAUUUCACUAGUUCAUUUACCAGUCGCCUGGGCGAUCCCAUAGCAACCACCAGUUCUGUCGUCUCUAAUCUCAGCUCCGGUUCUCACUCAUAUUCCACUGGCGUUUACAAUCCCAUGAUGUCAUUCACAUUGCGAGAACCAUCGAUAAACACCAAUAGCAGCACUUUAUUGGGUCAGUAUCAAUUCAAAAGUGGCUUGAGCACCACGAACUACAGCUCGUCUGGAUCAAAGAGCGAGCCAGAUAAGCCAUAAGCUUCUCAAUCUCAAUUAAUCCAAGGUUGUCCUUUCUUAACGCAUAACCAUGUCAUCUACUCAACCUGCAGCACAAGCUCAAACUAAUUACUUUAUGCUUACAAAUUUACUCAACGUUACAAAAUCGAAACUUUAAAACCCUCAAGCAAUAUAUAUAUAUAUAUAUA